UUUAUUUUGGGCGCCAAAGCGUAAAACCAAUUAUCCUUGGCUCAAUCUUAUUUCCUCUUAACAGUGACAGAGGACAAAUUAUUUCAUAUCUAUUUUUCUCAGCGGAGUUUUUGUUGAAAAUUUCAUCGACAAUAAGCCAUACAGUUAUCAGAGCAUAGAGAAUGAAAAGAUUGACUUGGAUUCUAAUCCUCCAUCUCUUCAGCGUAUCAGUGCAGAGCCAAUACUACACAGAAAGCUUGCCAUAUGAUCCCGAGGAGGAGAAAGUCACCAAUCUCCACUUUUUUUUGCAUGAGUUUCUCAGCGGCAGCAACGCUACGGUUGCCAUGAUAGCUCAGGCUAAUAUCACAAGCAGCGAUAACAAUUCAUCAGUGCCAUUUAGCACCAUAUUUGCCCUUGAUGAUAUCUUAAAGAUUGGUCCUGAGGAUAACUCAGAGGUGAUCGGAAAUGCUCAGGGGCUUGGGAUCCUCAUAGCCGAUACAAAUACAACAAACCUGCUCUGGUACUGGGACUUUGGAUUUAUCACGGGUAAGUUCAACGGCAGCUCUAUAAGCAUGCUUGCAAGGAAUCCGACAACGAUAACGGUACGUGAGCUUUCGGUGGUCGGAGGGAGAGGAAAAUUUAGGAUGGCCAAAGGGUUUGCACAACUUAAGGAUUACUCAAGUAAUGACACCACUAUAAUUGCGGAGCUUAAUGUAACUGUUAUUCAUUACUAGAGGUUGUAAAUGGGAGGUGGGUGCUCACGAGGUGGAGUAGGGUUGUUUUUGAAUUCACAUUAUUUCUGAUUAUGUUUGGGUUUAGAUUCUUGAGGUGUUUUUUCUAAUUGACUUUUCAUUAA